GGGAAAAAUCAAUCUUCUGACUCCUCUCCUUCAAUUAUUGUACAAACCCCACACACUUCACACACACACACACCACACAUACAAAAACACACCAGCUAUACCAACCAAAAGCCCCCUCUCACCAUUACUCACUUCAAAAACCCAAGAAACCAGAAGUGAAUAACAGAGACCUGUACAUACAUAUACAUAUAUAUAUAUAUAUAGAGAGAGAGAGAGAGAGAGGCGUUUGUGUAGCAGCUUUUCACUCUCCUUCUAUCAAGCAAUGAAAGUUCCCUUUACCGCACCCAAAACCCAUCAGUCUUCGAACCCAAAGCCUCCAUCUUUUAACAGUACUACUCUUCGGAGUACUCAUCCUCACGAACCCAAGUCGGUUCUUGAUCUCCGCCGGAGCUCCAGCCCUGUCUCCGAUAAGCCGGCCAAAGUUCCGGCCUCUUCCGACGUCGUACUGUCAUACUCAGACGACUCUUCUCUUCAGUGGGUCGAACACUUCCUCAACAACACUGACGAUUGGAAUUCUCUGUUGAACGAUGUGGGAUCUAUCCCUCAAUUCACUCACUCCGACUCUCAAAUCCCUGUUUUCUCCGAAUUUCAAUCUUCAGACUCGUUCGAUCUGACCCAGUUCAAUGAUGAUGAUUACCAUCACAUGGAUCAGUGGAAUUGUGGGUCGGAUUUCGUGGGUGAUAUUGUUCGAGCCUCAGUUUGCAUCGAAUCGAACGACCCACAACUCGCGCACUUGAUAUUGGCGCGGCUCAAUCAACAGCUGGGUGGUUCGGCCACCGGAAAACCACUCCGGCGAGCUGCGUUUUACUUCGCAGAAGCUCUGCAAUCUCUGCUCACCGGGUCGACUCACCCGACUCGCCCUUCCUCUUCUUCCGAAGUCGUUCAGACCAUCAAAGCCCACAAGACCUUCUCCAACGUCUCUCCGAUCACCAUGUUCUCCAAUUUCACCGCCAAUCAAGCGAUUCUCGAGGCCGUGAACGGUUCGAUGCUCGUCCACGUCGUCGAUUUCGACAUCGGACUCGGCGGUCACUGGGCUUCGUUCAUGAAAGUGCUUGCCGAUCAAACCAGUCCACCGAUUCUUCGAAUCACUGCUGUCGUUCCAGAAGAGUACGCGAUUGAAUCGAGAUUGGUCAGAGACAAUCUGGGUCAGUUCGCUCGUGAGCUCAGAAUUGGGUUCGAUAUCGAGUUCGUGUCGAUUCGGACCUUUGAAUUUCUAUCGUUCAAAGCAAUCAGGUUCAUGGGUGGUGAGAAAACCGCGGUCGUUUUAUCUCCUACAAUCCUCCGAAUUGUCGGCGCCGGAAUUUUGACCGAUCUCCGUCGAAUUGCACCGCACGUGGUGGUGUACGUGGACAGUGAAGGGUCGAUGGACGGCUCGUCGUUUCGUGACAGUGUCAUCAACGGGCUUGAAUUCUACUCUACGGUGUUGGACUCGCUCGGUGGCGGCGGUGGCGACGAUUGGGUUCGAAGGAUUGAUACGUUUCUGGUGCGUCCAAAGAUUUUCGCGGCGGUGGAGGCGGCGGCGGCCGGAAGGAAUGCGAUGCCGUGGAGGGAGGUGUUCACCGGCGCGGGAAUGAGGCCGGUGGUGUUGGGUCGGUGUGCGGAGUUUCAAGCUGAGGGUUUGCUGAGGAGGGUACAAGUCAACGGGUUCCACGUGGCAAAGCGAGAGGCUGAGUUGGUGCUAUGCUGGCACGAUAGAGCCCUGGUUGCCACGUCAGCAUGGAGGUGGUAGCAACUAUCCAAUAUAUAUAUAUAUAUAUAUAUAGACAUAGUAUAUAAGUAGUAGUAUUUAGUGUUACUCCUAUAUUAGGGACUUUGGAUCCAAUAAAGUUUAAAGAACUUUUUCUUAGUGUUUUUAUUUCAAAUUUUUUUUUUUGACAUAAAUUAAUAGUUGUAUUACAUGUUCGUCUUUCAGAUAGAAAGUAAAUAUUUUAA